CGGAGCCGAGAGUCGGCAGCGAUAUAUGUGUGGGGGUACAUUAAUGCAAGCUGGGCAGAGCGCUGUCUUUUUCGAAAACGAGAACAGGAGGGGAGGUUCCCAUCAGUAGUAUACCUGAGGGCAGUAACACAAAGGAAAAAACAGAUCGUUCACUUUUUAGGAAAUAAAAAGGGAACCGAAGUAACUCGCGAUGCCCGCUUCAAAUAAAGACGGUGAUGAUGGUUGGAAGAAGUUUCUUUGGAAUUCGGAAAAGAAGGAAUUGCUAGGACGGACUGCGGGGAGUUGGUCCAAGAUCCUCCUGUUCUAUGUGAUCUUCUACGGCUGCUUGGCUGGAAUAUUUAUUGGGACCAUCCAAGCCCUGCUACUCACCAUCAGCGAGUACAAACCCACAUACCAGGACAGAGUCGCACCACCGGGUUUAACACACACCCCUAAGUCUGACAAAUCCGAGCUGUCCUUCAAAAUGUCGGACCCGAUGACAUACUUAAAAUAUACAAAAGGCUUGACAGAAUUUCUAAAGAUGUAUGAUGAUGAAGUGCAAGAAGGUAAAUUUGAAGACUGUGGAGAUACCCCAGGAGAGUACAAGAACAGGGGCGAUAUAGACGACAACGAAGGUGUCAGGGACUCGUGUCGUUUCAAGAGGACCUGGUUGGGCCCCUGCUCUGGUCUGACUGAUACAGAGUUCGGGUUCAAGGAAGGGAAACCCUGCCUGAUCGUCAAACUCAACAGGAUAGUCAACUUCAGACCAAAGCCUCCGAUGUCCAACAGCUCCAUCCCCGAGGAAGCCCAGUAUAAAGUGCAGCCCAAUGUGAUUCCCCUCUACUGUACAAACAAGAGGGAAGAGGACGCCGGGAAGGUCGGCGAGGUCCGGUACCAUGGCAUUGGCGCUGGCUUCCCCUUGCAGUACUACCCCUACUACGGCAAGGCACUGCAGCCAAAUUACCUCCAGCCUCUGGUGGCCAUCCAGUUUGUCAACCUCACGAUUGGCACGGAGCUGCGCAUCGACUGCCGGGUCUACGGCGAGAACAUUAACUACAGUGAUAAGGACCGUUACCAGGGACGCUUCGACAUCAAGAUCACGGUCGAGUCAUGACCUCGGCUCUCAAAAAUAGCACAUUCUGCCCCAUUUCAAAACCAACAAAAUGUAGAAAAGAGGAAAAAAAAAGAAUAGUCUUGAACAAACUGUCAUAAAUACGGGACCUACACUUAAUCUGUACGCUUUACACUAGCUUUUCAGCAUCUUUUAGGCUUAGAUUGUAAAUUACAGGAAGUAGCAAUAGCAGAGUAUUUAUUCUACUGUAAAUGAUAAUUCCUUGAGCCAUGGGACAUGUUCAUUACUGUAAAUUAUAAUUCCACUACUGAUAUGUAGCGAGCAGUGUUUUGUCCCUUAAGUAUUGCUGCCUUGUGUGGUUUCUAUAUAUUUUUGGAGUGUACAGUAAAAGUAGUCGCAAACAACUGUUCCUUUCCAAGCCAUGUUGUAAUUUUACGUUCUCUUAUGUGAGCAAGCUUUAGCGGUCCAAGGUGUGUGUGUGUGUGUGUGUGUGUGUGUGUGUGCGCGUGUGUGUGUGCGUGUGCGUCUACUUGCUAUCUGAAGGUACUGACAUGGUAUGUUCUGCUCCUGGGGCUGUGUGGGAGGAGAUGACUGCACUCCACGGAAACCUACUUUUUUUUUUUCCCUUUGUCUUCUAGUCAAUGAUUGGGGGGGGGGCUAAAUUUUGCAUCACAUUGGUUUAGUUUUCUUCCUCCUUUUCGAAUCACUGUUAAAUGUAGGACAAGGGGGAUUAUUAUGCUUCUUGGGGCAGGGGAAGGUGCUUGCAGGUUUUCCAUUCGCGUUAGAUUUUGUGUAGAGCUGUUGCCUUAAUGGCAAUGGUGCCAACUCAGUGCUUUUAAAGAGGAAAACGUUUUGCUGGAGACAUCACAUGACGUGGUGUGACUUUCUGAUGAAUGUUUUAGCCAUUUUCAUUUUAUAUUUAUGCAGUUGUGCAUUUUUUUUCUUUUUUUCUGCAGGAAAAAAAUAAAAUACCAAAGCCAACGGUCAAAGUUUCAAACCCUAAGCAGUGCCCGUGUAAUUGGUUGUUUCGGUGUUAAUGUGCAAGUCUGUACAUCCGUAAAACUUUCAGGAGUCAAUCCGCUCUUGUUGUUCAUUUAAUCUGGGUAAGGAAAAAUAAAAUGGAGAAAAUA